AUGCCUCCAAUCCACCAUACUUUCUUAACAGUGCUUGCAACAGCUGCAGCUACAGUAGCUCUAGUGGAACUCUAUCAUACUUACAAAGAUGCUACAUCUCUAAUUAAGAAGAAGUCCCAAACGGUUGGUGACAAUGACAACCAAGGUCACAAAACGAAAAAGUUUGGUAAAAAAGCCAACUAUUCUGAAGAGCUUAUUCGAGAACAGUUGGCUAGGAACUAUGCAUUUUUAACAGAAGACGGGAUGCAAAAAGUGAGAGAUCAAAGGAUCGUUGUGGUAGGUGCAGGAGGUGUUGGUUCCUGGGUUGCAACAAUGCUUGCGCGUUCAGGUGUUGAAAAAUUGAGAAUUAUUGAUUUUGACCAAGUCUCGCUAAGCUCUUUGAACCGUCAUUCCGUGGCGAAUUUAAAAGAUGUGGGAACACCUAAGGUCGACUGUUUGAAAACGCAUUUAUUGGAAAUUGCUCCCUGGAUAGAUAUUGAUGUGCACAACAAGUUAUGGAAUCUCGACUCUGCAGAUGAGUUGAUAUUUGGUAAUGAGUUUAAACCUACAUAUGUUGUUGAUUGUAUCGAUAAUUUUGACACAAAAUGUGAUUUGUUGACUUAUUGUUAUAAGCAUGAGAUACCAAUCGUGUCAUCGGCUGGUGCAGCUACAAAGUCUGACCCAACUAGAAUAAACCUUGCGGAUAUUUCCAAAACCGAAGAGGAUCCACUUGCUAAAAAAAUCAGAAUUGUUUUGAAGAAAAGAGGCAUAGUUGAAGGUAUUCCUAUGAUUUUUUCAGCCGAAAAACCAGAUCCAAGGAAAGCCAAACUUCUUCCAUUACCCGAUGAAGAAUUCGAAAAGGGACGUGUUAAUGAGCUUUCGGCGUUGCAGGAUUUCAGGGUCCGCAUUUUACCAGUGUUGGGAACAAUGCCAGGUAUGUUUGGUCUUGCGAUUGCAACAUUUAUAUUGACUACUGUGGCGGGAUAUCCUAUGGAGCCUAUUGAAGGAAAAAACAGGUACAAGAUCUAUGAUGACCUUAUCAAGAGCUUGGCAGCACAGCAGUAUAGGAUUGGCGUAGAGGAGCUGAAAGUGCAGAUCUCAGUGACAGACGCGAGCUAUAUAUUGGAAGAAGUGUUCAAAGGUAAAUCUCCAAUCUCCAAUUUCUCUACAAGAUUGACAUUGUGUCGCUGGGAUCCUAAGCAACAAAUAAGUUGUCAGAAUGUGGUGGUGAUGACAAAGGAAGAACAGAGGAACCACGAGAAACGAGUGAUUUUGGGUGGUGAGACGAUUGAAGACGUAUACCCCGCCGAAGUUAUUGAGAAAGUGAAAAAGAGAUUUGAAGAUGAGGCUUACUAUUCAACAUUUAGAUAG